AACAGGAGAGUGGGAAGGGGAUAAAUGAGACACAUCCCCAAACCCGACGCAGCUCCAGAUUUCAAGCUCCCCUUGCCUAGAAGGAACAACAGCAAGGACGAAGACUGCUUGGAAGCCAGAAGAAGAAGAACGAAUCAGAGAGAUAUGCUAGAGACGGAGAUAACAAGAGAUUAAAGAAGCAUUAUGAGAAUUUUGCUCUCAUUCACUCUGGCAGCUGGUAACGAGGAAUAUCUCUUGAAGGACGGAACAUAGACUUGUGGUUGGAUCAGCAACCUUAGUUUCCUUAGAGCCCGGUCUCAAUAGAGAUGUUGGUAGGCCAGUCCUGCUUAAUAUCAAGAGCAUUGCCGAGCUCCUGCGAACAAGAAUCCAAGUGGUCAUACAUGACCAACCAUAUUCUCGAGAAAUCUAGCAAUAAAAGGCUUCAUGAUGUUGUCUCUGCAGGGCAUUCUGAGGUUAUGGACAAGGAUCAAUGGAGACAGAACAAGUCACCAAAACUUACUGAUUCCUCUACCUCUAAAUCCGAUUGCCGUGAUUCAGAUAACCUCAUUAGUGCAAUUGGACGAGACAAUUCGAUUAGUUGUAUGAUGUGGUGCUCUCGCUCUGAUUAUGGCGUCCUAGCCUCUCUCAACCAUGGAUUUCGCUCAUUCAUCAGAAGUGGAGAGCUGUAUAGACGGCGUCGAAAGAACAAAAUCACGGAGCAUUGGGUAUACUUCUCAUGCAAUGUAAAUGAAUGGGAGGCCUAUGAUCCAUAUCGUGCCCGGUGGAUCAAUUUGCCUAAGAUGCCCCCUAAUGAAUGCUUUAUGUGCUCCGACAAGGAGUCCCUUGCUGUUGGCACUGAGCUUCUCGUCUUUGGAAAGGAAGUGAAUGCUCACAUUGUUCUAAGAUAUACAAUUCUUACAAACUCAUGGUCACCUGGUAUUGCAAUGAAUUCACCUCGGUGCUUAUUUGGCUCUGCAAGUUCUGGAGAUAAGGCCAUCGUCGCUGGUGGCAGUGAUGCUCUUGGUGCUAUAUUAAGUUCUGCAGAGCUUUACAAUUCUGAGACACAAACAUGGACAACACUGCCAAGCAUGAACAAACCAAGGAAGAUGUGCUCGGGUGUAUUCAUGGAUGAAAAGUUUUAUGUAAUUGGAGGAAUGGCUAGCAAUACUGAGUUGCUUACUUGUGGAGAGGAAUUUGACCCUGAAAAAGGCACUUGGAGGGUUAUUCCUAAUAUGUCACUAGGUUUGAAUGGUGCGAGUGGUGCACCUCCGCUUGUUGCAGUGGUGAAUAAUGUACUGUAUGCUGCACAUUACGCACAUCAAGAAAUAAGAAAGUAUGACAAGGAAAAUAACGUCUGGAUCACUUUGGGGAAGCUGCCAGAAAGGCCUGUGUCUAUGAACGGAUGGGGCCUUGCAUUUAGGGCUUGUGGUGAGCAGCUCAUAGUCAUAGGUGGACCAAGGGCACUGGGUGGAGGAGUGAUUGAACUCCACUCAUGGAUUCCUAAAGAGGGCGAGCCACCAGAGUGGAAUAUGAUUGCAAGGAAACAAUCUGGGAGCUUUGUCUAUAAUUGUGCAGUGAUGGGAUGCUGAGUUUUUGGAUUUUUACUGCAAAUUACAAAUCGGUCAAACGGAACGCGAGUUUCGCAUGUUCAUGGCAGUGAAUAUUGAUUCUGCCUGAUUGGUAAUCUCUGUUUUUUUUUUUUUUGGGUGGGGGGAGCGGGAUUCAGAUUUUACUCCUGAUUUGAAAGAACUCAUUUCUUCACUGUAACUUCUGAAGUUCAUUGCUUUCUUUUGGGUUCUUUUUCUAUCCCUGUCAUUCAAUUUGUGCUCAAAGAAAUUUAUCUUCUGCCCCAUUUUCUGCUAGGGUAGGAGUUUUCAAGAUCUUUGGAUCCUGAAGUGCUGCAGCAGAUUAAUAAUUUAAUGUAGUGGAUCCUUUCUUUAA